AUGGUUUCCUCAACUUUUAAGGAAGUAACUGUUGAAUAUUACAUACACCUUGCGCCCGUCUUUUUUGGUAACGUGACUCACGGAAUAAAGGAAAUAUUUGGUGCACUUGUUAUGAAAUAUGUUCCAGAAUUAGGAGGUAUCGUCUUGGCCUUUUCCAACCUACGAGUAUUAAGUCCAGGGCAAUAUAUACUCGAGGACACCCCGUAUGGUCACUUUUGGGUUCGCGGUAAUUUGUUGUUGUGGGCGCCCGAGAUCGGAUGCAUAUCAUCUGCUACGGUAACAAUGCAGUCUGCAGGUCAUAUACGGCUUCGCAUGUACGACACUUUUGACGUGAUUAUUCCCGUAAAGGAGAUACCUCGUGACGUAUACGGCUGGACUGACUCUGAGGCAAUACAUCAACUUUUACGAACUGACACUAAUUCUCUGCAACCUGUCGAAUUGUCGAAUCUCGGACAAGGAGUAUGGUUUAACAAAAGUACCGGUGAUUGUAUUGAAACUGGCUCUGAUCUGGAGUUUAAAGUUAUCAAGAUGAAAUUCGAAAUUAAAGGAGACGCUGAGGAAACUGUUAUAAUAGGAUCACUCGACAUUGGAGAGCGGGAAAUGCAGAGUGAUCCUGGUUCCAUGUCCGCAUCUAACGAGUAA